AGUAACAACUAUGAUCAGCGGAAUUACGUGUGUAAUUUUGCAAUCGAAUCGAUUUCCCAACUUGAGCAAUUCGAAACACAAACGAAUGCAUGGAAUAGUUUGAAAUUCAGGCGAAAAAUAGAGAGUAGCCUUGAAACGUAAAUCCGAUCAAGUGACAUAUCGAAAAGUGGAAGAAAAUCGAACAUGAUUACGAAUCAAAACAAUUAUCCGGACAAAAAUCACAAGAUCGUUGCUGCUGCUUCUGCCACUGCAAUGAUUAAAUCACCUCUUCGAAAAACUACUCGACUGAAUCACCUGCAAGCGGCACAAACAACGUCGCAGCCCCUACAAAAAUAUCCACUUGUAUCGAUACGUGAGUGUGAAGGCGAUUCACGUGAGCAUCGGGAGAACGGCAUUGCAUCGGCACAAGUACAGCAAUCAAACGUUCAAUACAAACAGUCUCGAAUACCGACAACGACAACGAUGAUGACGACGACGACGACGCGCAAUUUUAAUCAAAUUUCGAAAGCACCGACAAAUUUAUGGCACGGAAUAUACGAGAAGCACUUGUUGAACCAGACGAAGUUCGAACGAAUUGUGGAUGACAAAUGGGCAAACAAAUGUGCAUCAAAUGGGCGAAAAAACCGAGAGACUGGCGUCAGUAAUACUCAACCAACUGAAACCAAUUUCAAUAAUAAUUUGUAUCAAAACGAGCUACGGAUGGUGGCAUCAACACCGCUACCAUUGCUAAGAGCAGAAUUGCAUUCACAGUCUGCAUUAUUGCGUCGACAUAUUGAUCCUCAAUUGACAAUCGCCGCUGAACCAUGCAUAGCAAAAAAGAGUGUAAAAUUCCGCCUGACAAAUCGUCCACCAAUUCCAUCGGCCGAACAGCAACAUUUUCAUAAGCAAAUCAAUUUUUUUGAUGCUAAUGCAUCAUCUACGGGAAAAAUGUUACCGGAACAAAUAAACAAAAGUGCACCGAAUGAUUUGCGCCAUGGCCACACAACGACAACGACGACGGCGAUGGCAGCGGCUAAUGUUUGCAUGCAAGCGGCCGAACAAAGACACCGCCUUUAUGCAUAUUCGAAUGAAACACAAAUUCCAAAUGGAAUGGGUUUUGUGUAUGUGCAGCCGGGUGUAAUUGAAAAGAAUAAGCUUUUUUGCCCGUUACCGCUCAACGGCUACAACGGUCACAACAAACAAAUAAAGAGUGAAAUCAACGACGCCGAUUGUCAGCUGUACAAAAACACGGGUGGUGUUGGUGUUUUGAAUCAACCGUAUAAUAGAAUUAGUGGCAAUAUUUGUUUGGAACGUGGCCAACGUGGACAACCGAUCGGAGGGAGUCACAGUCACCGUGAAGAUUCUUUAUCAGCGCCAGCAUUGGGCAGCAUUGCAAAAACGGCAUCACUUUCGGUUGUAUCUGGUGUGAAUGCCAAAGUCGCAUGUAAUACUACAUUCGUGAAUGCCUUAACAACAUCGAGUGCUUCUGGUGGUGGUGGUGGUGAAUCAACGCCGGCCACAAAUUCUGAAUACACAAGUAACAGUAAAAUUAAUAUAAUGCUGGAAACGGCACAAGCGAUGGCAGCAGCUGCUUAUUUUGCAAGAGCCGCUCAGCGAAUGGCCAACAAUAAUGCGCCAGUUAGAUCGCGAGUUCCAGACAUACCGACUGCGGAGCGUGGCGGAUUUUGUGGAGCACUCCAGCGGAUUCAGCCUUCAAUGCCAGCUGUUUUGGCGAGACGACUGGCAAACAAAGAGAACUAUGGACUGGGAAAGGUUAAAGUUAUGCUGCGCAUCUCGGACUCGGCACUGACAGAAGGUUCACAGCCACAUUACUUGUCGAUCGAUAAGAAGAAGCGACAAAUUACAUUAACUGAUCCAACACCAUCGGCACCCAGUUCGGCAGCAUCACAAGAGCGCGCACCAAAAGUUGCCGCACCGAAAAUAUUCGCAUUUGAUAAUUUGUUUACUGACGAGGAUGCUCAAAUGGAUGUCACAUCAUCGGCUCUAUCCGAGGUCAUACCCGCUGUGCUCGAAGGAAAUGAUGGUUGCCUGCUCACGCUUGGCUAUGCCGAGUCAGGUCAAUCAAAAACAAUGUUUGGUUCGACAGUGUCGGCAAAGGAACUGGGCGCCAUACCAUGUGCAAUAUCAUGGCUAUUCAAAGGAAUCAAUGAACGAAAACAAAAAACCGGUGCUCGCUUUUCGGUUCGAGUGAGUGCGCUGGGUGUCAGCGCAACGAAGCCAGGCUCAUCAUCCAAAGAUCUCCUCAUAGAAUACGCAACAGACUCCGAUUUUUCUCCGGGUAAUUAUUUGCGCGAUGAUUUUUUGGGCAGUCCAACCGAGGUGAGAGCAUCAUCAGCCGAAAGGGCUGCGUUAUUUCUAGAUUCAGCGCUAUCGGCACGACUUCCGGGCAACUCGGAGCCCGCAAUCAUUUUUACGUUGCACGUGUAUCAGCAUAGUUUAGCGGGCAAAAGUGGCGUUGCUGGCGGUCGAAGUCGUUUACAUUUAAUUAAUUUGGGAGGUUGUGCAAAUCGCUCCGGCGGAUUUCCAUUAUCUGGUAUUGGCAACACACUUUUUGCCAUUCUUGGUGGACAAAAGCAUACGCCAAACCAAAAUCAUCCGUUGACUCCACUCCUCAAAGACUGUUUAGCUCCAAUUACUUGCCACGUUACGAUUUUAGCGCAUAUCAUAUGUACACAGACUCACGCCGAUGUGCUUACGACGGUACAGGUUGCAUCAAGAAUACACAGAAUGCGACGAAGAAAGCAUCGACUGCCUUUGUCAACGCAAAAAGCAUUAGGCUUUGAUAUUACAGGAAACUUUUCAAGUUCGGAUGGUCCAGAUCCUUCGAGCUCCGACCUUUCAGCCGACACGGUAAUUUAUUUAGGGCCAGGUGACGACGCCACCGAUGGCGAACAUCCACCCGUCUAUAUUCCUUCAAUGAACUCGGGCGAUAACCGAUGUUCAAUGAACAAAGCGCUAAAGGGAUCCAGUGCUGAGAAACCAAGCAAGCUGCCACAGAAAAAAACCUCAAAACCCCAAAGUCCGGUACCGAACCAACGAACUGAUAGCCUUAAGCGUAGAUUAGCAACAAAUUCAAGUCCAAUAUCAUGUGAGAAGACAACCGAUCAAAUGCUAUCCUAUCAAUACAACGCAUCGAUACCAUCGCAAACGUCCGUUUCGUUACCAAAUUCGCCAAAAAUCGUACCACCACCGCAGGUAAGACACACACCCAUACACAACAUAUCAUCACCAAAGGGUUCGCCGUUGCGUCGACCGAGCAACAGCAAUCACGGAAGCCCAAAACGGCAAGUGGUCGAAGAGCAAUGGAUAGAUGGACCACGAUUAUCAAAGUUCAAAGUGGCCGAGGCACGACACUUGAUGCGCGAAAUAAACCACGUUAAAAAGUGCGAAACAUGGAUUGAUGGACCGAAUAUGGGGCCAAAAAUGUCACCCAGCAAAUCGAUAGCUGUGGGUGGUUCACCGGCAUCAUGCACACAAACAUACGGCUACAUGGAUAACCAUAAGAAAAUCAUGAUUCGACAAUGGGUUGAGAAUCAAACGAAUCAAGUGUUUAACGCCAGCACUUCUAGUCCAACUAUAAACGCACAAUCGAGAGUAUUGCCAAUGCCUCUGGCAAAGAACACAUCGGACGAUGAGGAAAUAUGUAUAGAAACAACACUAAAUGAAAUUACGGAAAGUCUAUGCGGUAGCAAAGAAGCUAAUCACAUAAUGGAUAUUUCGAUUCGAAUGAGCGACGCAAAAUCAACUCAAGAAGUCGACGGUGAACACUUUGAUGUUCGAUCCAUGCAAUCCGCUACAUCAUCACAUCGACAAAACGAUUCACAGGAGGAUGAAGACCAAGACAGUGGCCCAUCUGAAGUUCCUCCAGCGCUUCCAUUGAUUGAACCAUUGAGUUCACGUGAAAUUUCACACGAUAGCAUACAUUUGAUGUGUUCGCGACACGUUUCACGCGAAAAUUUGGGUCUGAACAUUCAAACGAUUGACUGUGGGUUGCAAGUUACUGAAGAAGAAAUUGCCAGAGAAAUGGGACGUGACCAUCCGUUGAGCGCCUUGAGUCAUGCCAAUAUGUCAGUUGUAUCUAGUUUUCGUGCAGGUGGUAUGGGAGAUGCAUUCAGUGAUUGCUUGAUUGGUGAACAUACGAGGAACCAAUUUGAUCAACUGGCACAAUUGCGCGAUUUGUACACAUCUCAACUGGCAAUGGCUGAAGUAACGCCAAACUACAAAAUCAACUAUGCUGGAAGUGUGUAUAGUGAGCCAGCGUUUAGACUAAUGUCAGGCAAUGGAAGUGUUUGUAGUGAGCCUCUAUACCGAGCGCCGAGUCCAAGAUGCAGAGAUUGUCGUCAAUCGAUGACACUCUCCAGAACACCAAGCCAAAGUUCGUUGCCAAGUUUGAAUGGUUUAAUGCAAAUCGGUGGUUUGGAUCAAUAUGCAUCGUUGCGACACCCUGAUGGCGCCUCUGAUCCGAAUAUAAAACAAAAAUCUGAACAAAUUGCUUCCACAGUCGAUAGUAAAAUAGCCGAAAUUCUAAAUGAACCGACCAUAGUUGAGUUAAUCGAUCACAAAGUAAUAAGUACGCAUUCAGUUGCGCCAAUAGUGUCGCAGACGCAAGUCCCACAACUGCCUCCAUUGAGCUUAUCAACGCCUGAAGCGUACGAUAGUGGCCACGACUCAUCAACUCCACGAACGUCAAAGCAUUCGGGCAUUUCGCGAAGAGCUGAAAGCGGUUAUCAUAGUGUUGCAACCGCCCGUGAUGGCGAUGACUCCAGUUUUGGAUCAGGUGCAUCUCAUGCUCAAAAAAUAAUGAUCAAGAAACGAAAUCGUCAAGAAAAGUCUCUGUGCAAUUGGUUGAAAAAUCCAUUCACAUGCACACAACCCGACACUGAAGGUGAGAUUAGUGACUUCUAGUCUAAUUCGUUUCAUUCAAAAUGUUUGCUUUUAAGUUUUAUCUCAAACGUACCGAUGAAUAACAUUUUAAUAUUAACGAACUUACGACGGUUCGUGUGUUAUGCGUUUAUAAUUCGUUGAAUGUCUUCUUUGUUAAUAAAAUCAAACCGUUGAUUUCUGUUUGCAUUGGCUUAUUAAAUAGCAAUUUAACAUACUGCUUUACGGCGUGAAAAAAAUGAACAUUUUUCAAAAUUUGCAUUGUUAUCACAUUUUAUUAUUGAAAUUUAAAACAUCCGUUUAGAAUUACAUUUGGCAAAAAUUGCAAUCUCAAUGAAGCACCUGAGCGAAAAAGGGAAUUACACUUGAAUUCGGAUAAAAAGUUAUAUGAACGAAAUGGAAUAAUAUGAUUUACUUGCUAAUUGUAUUGAGUAGUAUAUUAAGACUGACAUGAAUUUUUCCGCAACUUUUUUUGCAAUAUAUUGAGUGAUCGAUUUGAAAUGAACGGCAGUCAUUGAAUUAUUGCAGUGGCCGUUCAUUUCCGAAUCCAUCAAUAUCAACGAACCAAUUUUGGAGAGAAAAUGAACACAUACUGGAAACUCUUUUUUAUAAUUUUAUCCGUAAAGUCAACGUUUUAAGAGACAUUUUUUCGAAAAUCUAAAAAGAAUUUGGUCUCUCUAGAGGCACACAUUAUGAAAUAUCGAAAUUUUACAGCUUUUUGGCCAAUGCUGGCAAUAUAGGUCGAGUUUUAUGUCAUUUUCAUGACUAGUUAAUUGAACUAGUUUGGAAUUUAGAAAAUCGAACAAAAAGAGCUCUAGCACUAAGGUUAUUUUCUUUUGUUCCGUUUAAAAAAAAAUGUCAACUACUAUCAUCACUUAAAAUUUGUUUUCGGUACACAUAACUAUGUCUUCAAAAUAUCCAUGGCAUUUCUUCCAAUCAUCACAGAACAAUCCUGCUAUUCCGUCUGGUAAACGACCCUCACAGAGCAAAAUAUCUAGAUAAUAUAUUUUAUUGAAGCAUGAAUUUUCCACAUCUGCCGACAUUACUGAAGAAAAAAGCUAUUUUGGCAUUUCCAUAAACCGCAACAUCUUCCACUAUUCAAACCUUUUCCAAUUUUUCUUUUCAAAAUCUGCCCAGCAUACCUUUGUUACUAGCAAAUGUAAAACAUAAAGAGAAUCGGAUUACAAGUAUAUUUCAAGAUGUUUUUAGAGAAGCUUGAAUGAUAAGUAAGCGCUCCCGUUCAAGCGGCUUUUGCAUGAAAUGUUGCAAUUCAAUGUGAAUAUUGCAUAAAUGUCGUCCAGCGAACAUGUGUUAAGCAAACAAAGUGAAAUAGAAACAUAAAUGACCGUCGUUUUAGUGCCAAGCAUUGAUGAGAAAACUUCUGUCUGUCAUUGAAAAUGGUAAAUAUAUUAUAUACAAAUACAUCCUUAUCGAACAUAAAAUAUCAAUAGCCAAGAUAAAAGUAAACACAAGAGUAUUUUAUACAGUAAAAUGGAACGCAUUGUAAUUUAUAGUGAAAAUAUAUCGAACGAAGAGAGAAGUAAUUAAGAUAUUUGUAGAGAAAUAAGUUAAACGACAAUUAAUAACAAUACAAAGUAAAUGGAAUAUGCGAUGUCUUUAGCGAUGAAGAUGUAGUAAAAUUCUGGUGAAUUUUCUCUGUGUGUGUCGAAAGCAUCGAGAUUCACCGGAUGUAGAAUAUUUUUUGGUGGUGAAUAAGAUUCACAUUUUGAUGUCAGCAAAUGUUUAUAACAUUAAAAUACCUCCGAUUUGUAUUUGGACAGUUAUUUAUCGAGUGCAAUGUACUCGUCUCGACAUUUAUUUAGACAAUUUUCAUGAGAAACAAAAUUUCUUUACCAUUACAUACACAAAAGAAUAAGAUUAUUUUCAACGGCAAACACUCCGUUCGUAAGAUAGAGGAAGAGCACAUAGACACAGCGACAAAUCCAACGACAAGUUAUUAGUAUCGCUUAUCACCCACAACAAUUGGCUCGGAAAUUGUUUUCGGAAUUUCAGAAAAUAGGAUUAAUGAGUAUGGACAAUCUCAUGAGAAAAACAGUUGGUUGGACCGGCGUCUCACAAGACAACAUGCAACCAUGACUAGUCGUAUAUUUUAGUUUUGAAUGUAAGCAAGCGUAGGGAACGGUGCAGUUGAGUAUCAUUGUAGCAUUUGUAUCAUUUAUUCAGACAUUUACAAGAUGAAGAGAAAACGAAAAUGGAAUCAACAACGUAACAUGGAUAAUCCUAUUGUAACAUAAAGUAAAAACUAUGAAAAAUAAAUAAAUUUUUUUAAGGAAAAA